AUGAGUUCCGGGUGCGCCGUGUCAAUCAGUCAGCGAAUACCAACUGUGGGGAGAACUCUGCCGAGGGCUUGUAUUACAGCUAGAUUAUACGGAGGGCGGGGUCCCCCUUCCCGUCGGGGUGGAAUGGUGCAGGCCAGGAGGGAGGAUUCUUUCAUUGGAGAAAGAGCAAGUGAAAAAAGGAGGAUGAGUGAAGAAGAACAGAACCCAGCUGCCAUUCCCACUCCUAUGUCUGAUGUCCAGGGUGAUGGCCGUUGGAUAUCUAUGCACAAUCAUUUUGUGUCCAGCAGUAAAGACAAGGAGCCAGAAGUCGUGUUUAUAGGAGACUCCAAUGUCCAGAUAAUGCACCAGUUCGAGGUCUGGAGGGAGCUCUUCUCCCCACUCCACGCUUUGAAUUUUGGUGGGUUAAGUGAUGGGACGCAGCACGUUUUGUGGAGACUGGAGAACGGAGAACUUGAUCACGUCAAACCCAAGAUCAUUGUGCUGUGGGUUGGCACAUAUAACCAAGGGCACAGCGCUGAACAGAUUGCAGGAGGAAUUCUUGCCAUCAUCCGGUGUAUCCAUCACAGGCAACCGCAAGCCAAAGUCAUUGUGCUGGCCUUGCUCCCACGGGGAAAGAACCCAAACCCUUUACGGAACAGGAAUCUACAAGUGAACAAGUUACUGGAGGAAGCGCUGCCCGCGCUGCCCAGUGCAUUCCUGUUAGAUGCUGACCCGGGCUUCGUGCAUUCCGACGGCACCAUCAGUCACCAUGACAUGUAUGAUUACCUGCACUUGAGCCGGCACGGCUAUACACGCGUGUGCCCCACCUUGCACCGUACACUUCUGCAGUUUCUGGAAGCCACAAACACGUCCCCUGAUCAGUAAGGGCCAAUCAGUAAUGACCAAUCAGCAAGGGCCAAACAGUAAGCACCAAUCAGUAAGCACCAAUUAGUAAGGGCCAAUCAGAAAGGGCUACAGUUUUGGAGAAAAAAAAAUCCUGGAGAGAUGGAAUUGGACAUGGCGUCUAUUCCUUACCGAGGGGCAGAAAGCAACUUCAGCAUAAGAGUCACCUGGAAUAGUGAUCAGGUGGAUUAGUGACUAGUAUUUCCCUCUAUGGAGAGUAGGACUGAACCAACUAAAUGCUCAGGGCAACUGCUCUCCCUGCCCCAUCACAUCUAUAACUGCCCCAAUGGAGGGCAGCACAGACGUUUCUCCUUUUCUCUUUUCUGGGCAUCUUAUUGUUUUAUUUCCCUUGUCCUGUGUCAUAUUUGUGUAUUUGUAUCAGAAGUAUUAUGUUCUCUGUCUACCAGCCUCCAGGAUGCACCUCCGCUCCCCCAAACUUACAGAUCCAGCCUGCUCUAUCACUAGCACACAGAGACGUAUAAUAAACCUGGUUUUGACUUUA